UCCAGUUUUUGCUCCAUUUUUCUAUUGUUUUUGCAUCUAGCGCUGUCUGGUUUUCGCUUAGUUAGCGCGACUGUGACCGCGGUCCGUUUGUGCGUGGGACUUGGGUCAAAAUACUGGCCUUAUGACCUUUUUUUUCCAUUUCUUGUGACUGCGGUGAGUUUUUUGCCUUUGGAAAUACUGUUCUUUGAGAGACGGUCUGUCAGUGUUAGUGGGCUCCCAUUGCACAAUAAAAUUGACGGUGCUCCUGUGUAGUGGGAAAGAGAGGAUUGGAGUCUGGAUCAUUCGGAUGAUCCAGAGUGUGUAUGUGUGUGGUUCAAAAGCUCUGUACAGUGCCUGCUAAAAAUAUUGGUGCACCUGAUCAAUCUACUUAGAGGAAAAUUUUGAGGGACCUGAUCACCUGAAUGAACUGCAGCUCAGCCUAGUGGCCUGCGGUUUUUAUUUGCUGGUGGGGUGCUGACAAGUUUAGCCCCCGCCUGAAGGGUAAUAUUCUCUAAUAGCUCCCCGAAAAAGAACUUUUUUCUGGCACUGAAAUUUCUGUUGCAGUGCUGGGGAGUGGGUUCGGCUCUUUCAAGGGAGUUGGUGUGCGUGAUCCGAAAGCUUUGCACGGUGCCUGACAGGGGAAUUGGAACAUCGGGGCUGCCUGUUAUUUCAGCCUAGUGGCCUGUGGAUUUUAUUUGCUGGUGGGGUGCUGACAAGUUUAGCCCCCGCCUGAAGGGUAAUAUUCUCUAAUAGCUCCCCGAAAAAGAACUUUUUUCUGGCACUGAAAUUUCUGUUGCAGUGCUGGGGAGUGGGUUCGGCUCUUUCAAGGGAGUUGGUGUGCGUGAUCCGAAAGCUUUGCACAGUGCCUGACAGGGGAAUUGGAACAUCGGGGCUGCCUGUUAUUUCAGCCUAGUGGCCUGUGGAUUUUAUUUGCUGGUGGGGUGCUGACAAGUUUAGCCCCCGCCUGAAGGGUAAUAUUCUCUAAUAGCUCCCCGAAAAAGAACUUUUUUCUGGCACUGAAAUUUCUGUUGCAGUGCUGGGGAGUGGGUUCGGCUCUUUCAAGGGAGUUGGUGUGCGUGAUCCGAAAGCUUUGCACAGUGCCUGACAGGGGAAUUGGAACAUCGGGGCUGCCUGUUAUUUCAGCCUAGUGGCCUGUGGAUUUUAUUUGCUGGUGGGGUGCUGACAAGUUUAGCCCCCGCCUGAAGGGUAAUAUAACCCUAAAUGCUCCCCGAAAAAGAACUCUUUUCUGGCACCGGAUUUUCUGUUACAGAGUGGAGGAUAGAGGAUUGAUUCACUUGGAGGAAUUAGUGUGCGUGUGGUUCAAAGCUCUGUACAGUGCCUACCCGUCGGAUUGGAACGUCGGGGUAUCUGUAAUCUCGGCCGGCUGGUCUGUGAAUUUCCUGAAUUUAUUGUAAGCACCAUGAUCCACUUUUGCGCGGUGUGUGCUGGCAGCAUCAGCCGAUUGCGCAGUCCUGGAAUUUUCUGCGCGGGCACCUGCGACCAGUGGUACCAUGUGGAGUGUGCUAAUCCAACUGUCUCGUCUGAUGAUGUUGAAGAUAUAUUGAUUGCAAGAAAGGAAUGGUUUUGUUCAUCUUGUAUGGCGCCUGGUGAUGCUCAGUUGGGGCAGGGUAGUGACUCUGUAUCCGAGAAUGUCCUCCAGGACUACUCGCUGUCGGGUCUUAUGGCCCGUCUUGAAAGACUUGAGGCGUCGUGUGCCGCUCAUGGUGAGGAGAAUGCUAGGCUAAAGGAGAAACUAAAUGGGCUGGCUGUUGUUCAGUCGAGGGUAUCUGUGCUGGAGGAGGAGAACAUGCGUUUGAGGACCGAGGUUGCUGAACUGUCUGAUGUUCGUACACGUGUGAGGGCGCUAGAAUACCGUUUGGAUGCCCAGGCAUUCUGGUCCAUGGCAUCUCUUAGACCGUCUGUGGGUGCUCACGGCUCGUCGCUGUCCGGAGGGCUGGGGCGUGUGACGGGAAAUGAGUCGGUGCUGUCGCGAGUGAGAUCUGUGCUGCCUGGAGACCGAAUCGGGGCGGACUUGAGGAACACCGGAGGGGUGACCAAUUCGACGCAACUUUUGAAUCGGCCAAGAAACUUCCCACGACUAGAAUCGGGAAUUUUGUCAACUUCGUCUCCGUUGAGACGAGUUACUAUUCGAGAUCCCCUCAUACCACCUAACGUGACUGGGGUGGAAUCUCGUUCAGUGGAAAAUCUUGUGACUAUGCCUCAAAACAACCCUGAUAAUGCGAAUUCUGAUGCCCCCCCAUCGAAUGGCCCCGCUCCUUCUGGUGACAAUCGGAAUGAUAGAAGACGAAGGCCUCGCCCUCUUGGGACUGGCACGGGACGGCGCAACACUGCGGCAGCAGCAUUGCUGCGUGUUCCAAGGAGAAUGCGUGCUUUAUUUGUAACCCGGCUUCCUCCCGACCUUUCGGUUGACCAGUUGGCCGACUACGUGGAGGAAACUUUAUCGGAGUCGCGCCGCCCAACAUGUACAAAGUUAUUUGGGAAUGACCCCGGCGCAUCCCAUUCAUCGUUCCGGGUCGAUGUUACUGAGGAGGAGUUCCAGGAGAUGAACAGUGAUGAUUUUUGGCCAGACGGAGUUUUGUUCCGCGAGUAUUUUUUUGGGAGACCACCUCGAAUAACUCCAGAGGCGCCAGUGCAGUCGAUCCAGUGAUCACGGAUGCCAGUGCUUCAAAUAAUGUCAAUGUCUCAAGCGAUCUUUGUGUUGUUGUUCAAAACAUU